AUGAAUAGCACAAAUAAUUUUCGCUUCGCGAAUGAAUUUGAAUUUGAAUCUCAAUUUACCAAAGAGGAGCAGCCAAUACUUCCACAAAUCAAAGUCCCUUUUCCACCAGACAUAACGCCCGAAGAAACCAUUUUAAUUAAAGACGGAAAGAUCCCAUCGAAACCACCGAAUAGUUUUAUAAUUUACCGUCGCGCAUUCCAAAAACAAUGUCGCGAAUUGGGGCAUUUAUUAAAAUUGAAUGUGGUUUCCACAAUGGCGGCUGAAUCAUGGAAAGAUGAGCCAUUGAAAGUAAAGAACUUCUACAAAGAAUUAGCACUGCAGGCUAAUCAUAAGUUAAUGGAACUGCGCGCUAAGCAGUUAUACGACAGAACAAAAAGCAAAGUAACAUACGAGCAGAAUAUCAUAAAAGAGGAAGAAGAGGCGAUUGAUAAUUCUUUUGUCUCAAGAAGAGAAGAACAACCGCAACAACCGCAUAAUCAAUGGUUAUAUUCAAAAGUGUCAACUCCUCGCUCACCGCCACCAACUUUUGAUAAUAUCCAAUUAACAUUUGAAGACAUUAUGAAUAUUAAUAGCAUCCAAAGUAACCGAGACACUGUGAAUACAAAUAGUAUUCAAAACAAUCAAGAACUUUAUCCUGAAACUGAAUAUUUACAUGAAACUGAAUAUUCUCAAAAAUCACCCAAUUGGAGUUUAAAUAAUGAUAUUGAAUCUCCAUUAGAUCAAAGUCCUAGUACUCAACCUUUAAACAAUCAUGAUAACUUAGUAUUAGACGAUUCUCAAUUUUAUGAACAAUUAACUUAUUAUUCAAAUCUGAAUGAAAUAUUUGUUUCAAAUCCACCGUAUAUCGACGGUUAUCGAAAAAUGAAUAGCAUUCCUUCGAUUUAUUAG